CAAGAGAAAAAUAUUCUAAUCUAUUUUUUCCAUAGGGAGUAAGUUCUUUCUUCUCCUCUCAGUCGUUAGCAUAAUCGCCGACGAUCGAACACUCCAAGCUCUGUCUUGAUCACUGGUGUGAUUCUUAUUUGUUGUUUUCUUUAUUGAAAUCAGAUUUACGGAAGCGAUGGCAGAUAAGAAAUGCUCCAUGAAUACGAACCGCAUGUCUAUUGUACCUAAUGAAUGAGAUUAACUCUGAUCGAGAGGUAACUAAAGAGCUCCAUGAGCUACAACUUAUCUGUGGAGUAAAAGGAUGACACACAAUUUCCAAGUUCCAGAAGCUUGAGCCAAGGAUUUCUUUGGAAACAGCCUCUCUACCUUUUAGUAGGGGCAAGGUCUGCGUACGGCUACGCACACUCUCCCCAGACCCUACUCUCGUGGGACAAAACUGGCUUAUUGUUAUUGUUGGGGAAUCUUUGGUGCAUCAGAUGAUAAUGAAUGAAAAGUGACUCAACAAAAAUAGACUCAACAAAAAUAAUGUCAGUUUUCCAGCAUUUUGGUGGAGCUCGAGUGCUUCAUUCCUUUAACAGAAGUCUUCAUCACCUAUCAUCAUCCAGUUCUUACUUCUCCAGUCUCCACUGCUCCAAACUCAGCCCGAAUGCUUAUCGGAAAGUACCAUAUUUUGGAUGUGGCAGCUUGGUGUCAAUGCAUGAAUUCAGAUCACUAUCUGAUGCCAAUAUUCUAUUCUCCAAUUUGGGAAGGCGUAGUAUUGCACCAUCUUGUUCAUUGUGGAACCUUUGGCACCAAUAUGCAACUACAGCAACUUCAACAGAGAAGAAAUCAAAGAAGAUGCUAUAUUACUUAACGGGGUUGGUUUUUGGGAUGGUUGGUUUGAGUUAUGCUGCAGUUCCUUUGUACAGGAGGUUCUGCCAAGCUACAGGCUAUGGAGGUACAGUUACUCGCAAGGAGAGUGUUGAAGAAAAGAUUGCUCGACAUGCCAAAGAUGGAACUGUUAGUACUAGGGAGGUGGUUGUACAAUUUAAUGCUGAUGUGGCUGAUGGAAUGCCUUGGAAGUUUACUCCUACUCAACGAGAGGUAAGGGUAAAGCCAGGAGAGAGUGCCCUUGCUUUUUACACUGCUGAAAAUAAAAGCUCAACUCCAAUAACUGGUGUGUCGACAUAUAAUGUUACUCCAAUGAAGGCUGCAGUGUAUUUCAAUAAAGUACAGUGCUUUUGCUUUGAGGAGCAACGACUACUUCCUGGGGAGCAAAUUGACAUGCCCGUAAUUAGCACUCUACUCUCAUUAUAACCAAUUUAUUACUUGAUAAACUCCUUGUUAAUAGAUAGUCACACACAUGCUUGUGUAUGAUCUUAGAUAGGAACAUCUGGAUAUUUAUAGUUAGAGUUACUAGGUAGACCUUUGGGCUUUAGUCUAUAAUUUAUGAUUGUUUGCUUUGUCUUAGUCGGUACUUUGUGUAUGUUUGCUUCCUGUGCUUUGGAUCUAGUUGUUAGUAUUGGUAUGCGUGCACUUUGUGUUUGUACUCUAACUUUGUUCGUGUUUAUGUGUUUACUUUCUUUGUACUCUUGUAUUUGAGCCGGGGCCCGGGGGUAUCUUGGAAACUCGCUCUUUACUCUCAAGUAGGGGUAUGACCUGCGGGGUACACACAUGACACCCUGAACCCCUACUUUUCAUUGGAUUUUAUUUGGUUUGUUAUUGUAAAAUAUGUAUAUGCAGGUAUUCUUUUACAUCGACCCCAAGUUCGAAACAGAUCCCAAGAUGGAUGGCAUCAACAACUUGAUCCUUUCGUAUACAUUCUUCAAGGUUUCCGAUGAAUAGCACUUCUUCUUGGGUGGGUAACUUACAACAACUUGAACAACAAAACCCACUGUAAACCAAAUUCCGCGGGGAGAGAGACUGUUUUGUUUAUAGAGUAUAUCCCCUUGAUUUAGUCCAUUGAUUAUUCGGAACAAAAAAAUUGUAUUGCAUGAUUCACCUCCUGUUUCAUGCAUGUUUAGAGUGCACUUCCAUGGCAUGUUUCAUAAAUUUGAACCUAUCAAAAAACCUUCCUCUUUAGUUCCAUC